AUGGAACUAAAAAAUUAGAUUUUACUUGUUAUAUUGAUACCUAUAAUUUUGAUUCUUAUAUUAGCAGUGCUAUAAGUUGGAUUGCUUGGUUUUGUGAGUAUCCCAAGUUUUUAAGAUUCCCUCUUAGAAUUUCACAUAAACAGACAUUUAAAUGGGUUAUAAAUAGAAAUGAACAUCAUAUAACAAGUAAUUAAUUAUUGAAUUAUAGGAAAUCUACAUAUAAUAUUAAGCAUAUUAUAAUUAAAUAUUUGGUGUGAGUGCACAUUUAAGACAUUAUUGUUUUGGUGAAUUUUAAAACUUUUCAUCUUGGUAUUAUUUUAAGUCAAUUUAGGACUUUGAAUACUAAAUAAAUUGCUCCUUAUUCAUUUUCAUCUGGUCAAAUAACAGAAGAAUAUUACACAGUGGCCUGGAGUCAUUCUAAUUAUAGUAAAUUGGAAGCCUUACAUAAAGGAAACCCUAGAUUAAGUUUUUUAAUAAAUAAGAUUACCUAAUCACUUAUAUUAUCAGAUAUCAUAAUAAAGUAUUGAAUAUUCAUAUUUCUAAUAGCAACACAAGAUCAUCUUCAUAAGAUAAAUAAUUAGUAUCAAAAGAUAGAGAAGAUGAUUCAAGAUUGAUUCCUAUUACAUAUGAUUCUAUAAUGGUUCAUUGUACAGACUCUUUAGUUGUAAGAAUACCAUAAUUCACUUAAAAAUAAUAAAAUUUGUUGAAGAACAUUAAUACUGCUGAUUGGCUACCAAAAGAGAGAUUUAAAUUAGACUCUACUUUAAAUUUUUCAAUGUCUUAUGUAGAUAAAGAUGAAUUCACAUAAAAUCCAUCAUUAACAAUAACACAAAUCAUUUCUUAAGAUAAUUUUAAUUAAUGUUUCAUGACAGCAAAGAUUUCAAAUUCAUAUUUGGAAGAUUUGAUAAAAAGACAUCAUUAAUAACAUAAAAUUUAAGGUGAAAGUGAACAUUAGUUCUUUAUUGCUAUUAUUAAUGAUGAAUUCAUUAAUUUAGCUCCAUAAGAUUUUAGUAAUAUCCCUAUUUCAGAAUCUAUUAUAAAAUAUAUAGUAAAAACUAAAGAUUUUAGUUAAUCUUCUUAUAAUUCCUUGAAUAAAGAUUUAGCACCAUAAAUAAUGAAUAAAUCUAAAGAAUUAGUUUAGAAUGCAACACUAAAUUCAACAUCUUUGACAUAUUCGUUUGGUUAAAAUAAGUUUUAUCUAUUAUUUUCUAAAGUGAAUAUCUAUUCUACAAAGAAAGUAUCUAUAGUUACAGCUCCUGAAAAUGGAAGAAGAUAUAUUUAUAUAGAACCAGAAGAAAACAAUUUUAUUAUGCCUUCCUUUAUUUUGGUACAUUAUUUUGAGGAAUAAACUCUAAUUCAAGAAUUAUAUGAAGGAACAUCAUUAAAUAAUGUUAGGAUGUUAGAGAUCAUAGUUUUUAUCGUUAUUAUUGCAUUAUCAGUUGGUAUAUAUAUUUAUAAAUAUAAAAAUAGUAAUAUUUAUAUUUGUUUGGUAUACAGCUGGUCGUAUUGGUUUAUCAUUUGAAUAACCAAUAAAAGUCUUAACUGAUUUUAUGAAUAGUAUUGAUAUAUAAAAUAUGGAUUAAGAAGAAGAAUUGAUUAAUUAUUAGGAUUAUUUUAAUUCUUUUGAGAUUAAAUCCUUAUUUUAAACUAUGAAUAUUUUUGUAACAACAAUAAAAUAUUCAAAUCAAAAAUAUUCUAAUUGUAAACAUUCUGAUGCUUUGGCUUUGAUGGAAUUAAGUAAAGCAAAAGAUUUUUAUAAAAAAGAAAUAGGAAAUAUGAGUGCAGUUGGAAUAUGUGCUAAUAAUAUUGGAAUAUUACAUAUGAAAGGAGGUAGAGUAUUUGAAGCAAUAAAUGAAAUGGAAGAAGCAAUCUAUAUUGCAAAAUUAGAAUUAAUAGAAAUUAAAGAACUUAAAAAAUGGUGUUUAGGUAUGUAAUCAGCAUUGUAAGAACCAAAUUUAUAUUAAAAUUUUAAAUAAAGAUUAAAAGGUUUGGCAUAAAAAUUUAAAGAAUAAAUGAAGAUUAAUUGGAUAGGUGUACAAAUUAAUAAAAAUAAUAAAAAAACUAAAAAAUAAAAUAGUUAAUUAAAAUUAAAUUCAUAAUCUCUUGUAAAUAAACCAAAAGAAAAACAUAAUAAAAAUUAAUCUACUACUUAAUUAUUAUAAAAAAAUAGUAUACCACAUGUUGCAUUACUCAAUACUGGCACAUAAAAUAAAAUUACUUAAAAUUAAACAAAUUCUAUACAAACCCCAAUUAAUAAGAAAAGAAUGUCAUUUGCAGAAAGUAGACAACAUAUGUAACCAAUUAAUUCAGUAGAAAUUGAAAAUUCACCAAAUAUAACUCCUUAAUUAUCUCCAAAUGUAUCUAUUAAUAGACUAAGAAAUCUUGGCAGUCAUUCAUAUAAUUAAAGUAGUAUAAUUAGUUAGAGAUUGGAUUUAAAAGAGAGUAUAAUUUAAUAAGAUGAAAGAUAUAGGGAUGAAGAGUAUAGACAAGAUCAAGAAGAAAGAAUAAGAGGAGAUUCUAGAUAAUCUACUGGAGGAAUGACAGAAUUAUAAAUGAUUGAAGAGAAAAUUACAGAAUUGAUGAAAAAGAAAAAAUUAGCAAAGGUUAAAUUAUUAAAUAGAUAAUUUCAAUUAGCAUAAUUUAUGUUUACUAUUUGUAUGCAAAAUGAAAUCUUUAUCCCAGAAACUCUUAAAUUAUUUAAUGAAUUUGAAGCUACAGCAGAAAAAGAAUAAUAAUUCACUUAAAGUAAUAUAGUAAGAUUAUUAAAUCUUCAUGUUAAAAAAGCAUUGUGUUAUAUUUAAAUUGGAGAUUUAAGUAAUUUCAAAAUAUCUCAAAAGAAGGCUUUAGAAUAUUAUAAUAAACUUAAUGAAAACUUUACUUAAGAAUAAAAUUAAAUAUAAGAAGAUUAUAAUUUCGUUGACAUGUUUAAAAAUGUACCAAAAGAAGUUUUAUUAUCCAAAAUUAUGCAAUUAUAAGCUAUAUAUGAAUUAAUUGAAGGGAAUUUUAAGACUGGUUCUGAAAUCUUAACAUAAAUUAUAGAAUUGGGUGAAUAUUAUGAUCCUGAAGUACGUGAUUUCUGUUUAACAGCUUUAGAGAAAAUUAUAAAUCUAUUUAGUAUUUCUCCUUUGCCUAUCCAAUAAUUUAGAAAUCAAAUUUCUAUUAAUACUUAUGAAAUUGUAUUCAUGAUUGAUUAUUCUAAAGAAAUGACUAUUGAACAAAUUAAUUUGUCUCAUAGUAUUUGUAAUAGAAUUUUUCAUAUUUUGUAACCCCAAGAUUUAAUUGGAAUGUAUGGUUUCAAUAAUUCUCUUCAUGAAGCUUUUCCAUUAUAACCAAAAGGAACAUAUAAAGAUUUAUUGACUAAAUAAUUAUUCAUGGCUAUUACUGCUCCUGGAGGAAAAUCAAAAAUAUUCUAAGCUUUAAAAUAUGCUGUUAAGAAUUUCUUUGAACAUAAAAUUACAAUUAAUGAUAAUGAUUAUGACAAGAAACAAAAUUUUAAUUUAAAUGAUAAAUAAAAAAUGUAAUUAAUUCCAGUUGCAGAAGAAGAUGAAGAGAAAAGUUUAAUUGAAGAAAAUAUUGAUGACAAGAGUAAACAUGUUAAUUUUAGGUAUUUAAUUAUUAAUUAUUAUUAUAUUAGUUAAGAAUAUCAAUAUGAUUUAAAUAGUGAGUCUGACUCUGAAAUUGAAAAUGAUGAUUUUUAAUUUAUUAAAAAUGAAAUCGAUUAUUCUAAUAUAAUAGAAAAUGACAAAUCAUAAUAAAAAAAUGAUUUUAGAACUAGUUAUAAAUUUAUUUGUAUUUUCACUGAAAGUAAUUAUAAUUAUUAAAUCUAUGUUUAGUAAAUAAUAAAAUGAGUGAGAAAUAAUUUUUAAAGUUAAGAUAAAUAUUAGAGAAAAAUUAAGUUGAUCUUAUGGUAUUUAAUAUUGCUAAUCAAAAUGCUAAUAUGUUAGAAUUGAAGAGACUCUCUAAAAUUACUAAAAGAAGUAUUUUUGUUAAUGCAACAGCCAAUCUAGAAUAAUUAUUUGGCAAAUCAAGAUAACAUUAGUUAUAGAAAAAAAUGUAUUUAGAAUUCUUUUGA